AAAAGAGUAGCAACAUGCUCGGUCGAAAGCAGAGCAUCAAGGGCGAACCCGUGCUGGCGGACUACGGACCGGAAGAGUCGCUCAACGAAAGCGCCGACAUCGAGUGGGUCAACAAGCUAUGGGUUCGCCGGUUGAUGCGCCUCUGCGCCCUGAUAUCACUCACGUCCGUGUCGCUGAACACGCCGAAAACAUUCGAGCGCUACCCAUUCCUGCAGUACUGUACCUUCUGUUGCGACACGGUCGCCACGCUGCUCUUCACCUCGGAGAUGAUUGCCAAAAUUCACAUCCGGGGCGCCAUCAGGGGUGAGGCGCCCUACUUCAAGGAUCACUGGUGCCAGUUCGACGCUUCGAUGGUGGUGUUCCUGUGGCUGUCGGUGAUCCUGCAAGUGUUCGAGAUGCUGGGCAUCGUGCCAAAGUUCUCCUACCUGAGCACGGUGCGGGCACCACGGCCCCUCAUCAUGAUCCGCUUCCUGCGCGUCUUCCUGAAGUUCUCGAUGCCCAAGAGCCGCAUCAACCAGAUCUUCAAGCGUUCCAGCCAGCAGAUCUACAACGUGACGCUGUUCUUCCUCUUCUUCAUGUCCCUGUACGGCCUGCUCGGGGUGCAGUUCUUCGGCGAGCUGAAGAACCACUGCGUGCUGAACACGACCGAGCCGGCCAGCCUGACGAUCAACUCGCUUGCCAUCCCGGACACGUUCUGUUCGCUCGACCCGAACUCCGGCUACCAGUGCCCGACCGGCAUGAAGUGUAUGAAGAUGGACUUCCUCACCAACUACGCGAUGGGCUUUACCGGGUUCGAGGACAUCGCGACCAGCAUCUUUACCGUGUACCAGGCGGCUUCGCAGGAGGGCUGGGUGUUCAUCAUGUACCGGGCGAUCGACUCGCUGCCGGCCUGGCGGGCCGCCUUCUACUUCAGCACGAUGAUCUUCUUCCUAGCGUGGCUGGUGAAGAACGUGUUCAUCGCCGUGAUCACCGAAACGUUCAACGAGAUCCGCGUGCAGUUUCAGCAGAUGUGGGGCGUCAGGGGGCACAUCCAGAACAGCACCGCGUCGCAGAUCAUCACCGGCGACGACAGUGGCUGGAAGUUGGUGACGAUCGACGACAACAAGCACGGCGGCAUCGCGCCGGAAACGUGCCAUACGAUCCUGCGGUCACCCUACUUCCGCAUGCUCGUGAUGACGGUCGUGCUGGCGAACGGGAUCGUCACAGCGACGAUGCAUUUCAAGCACGACGGCCGACAGCGGCAAGUGUUCUACGAGAAGUACUACUACAUCGAGAUCGCCUUCACGUUCUUCCUCGACCUGGAAACGCUGUUCAAGAUCUACUGUCUCGGGUGGCGCAGCUACUUCAAGCACUCGAUCCACAAGUUCGAACUGCUGCUAGCGAUCGGCACCACGCUGCACGUCAUCCCGGCGCUCUACCUGAGCGGUUUCACUUACUUCCAGGUGUUGCGCGUCGUGCGCCUCAUCAAAGCGUCCCCGAUGCUGGAGGGUUUCGUGUACAAAAUCUUCGGCCCCGGCAAGAAACUCGGCUCGCUCAUUAUCUUCACCAUGUGCUUGCUGAUCAUCAGUUCGAGCAUCUCGAUGCAACUGUUCUGCUUCCUGUGUGACUACACCAAGUUCGAGAGUUUCCCGGACGCGUUCAUGUCCAUGUUCCAGAUUCUCACGCAGGAAGCAUGGGUCGAGGUGAUGGACGAGACGAUGAUCCGGACGAGCAAAACGCUCACGCCCCUGGUCGCGGUGUACUUUAUCCUGUACCACCUGUUCGUGACACUGAUCGUGCUGAGCUUGUUCGUGGCCGUCAUCCUGGACAACCUGGAGUUGGACGAGGAUAUCAAGAAACUGAAGCAGCUCAAGUUCCGCGAGCAGAGCGCCGAGAUCAAGGAGACGCUCCCGUUCCGGUUGCGGAUCUUUGAGAAGUUCCCCGACUCGCCCCAAAUGGCGAUCCUGCACAAGAUACCGAACGACUUCACGCUGCCGAAGGUGCGCGAAUCGUUCAUGAAGCAGUUCGUGCUCGAGAUGGAACCGGAGGACCUGGAGGGGUACCAGCGGCCGAUGCCGGAAUGCUGGGAUUCGCGCAUCGCCUACAAGAAGCACCGGCCGAUCAACGUGAUGAACAAGACGGCCAAGGUGUGCAUGGUGGGCAGCGAUCUGCGCAAGCUGGCCAUCACGCACAUCAUUAACGAUUCCAACAACCAGCGCCUGAUGUUGGGCGACUCUUCGAUGUUGCCGGUCGCCGGCACGAAGGCGGGCCUGAAGCCGCAGGGCACGAUCACGCAGACGAAACCGUGGCGCGUGGACCAGAAGAAGUUUGGCUCCCGCUCGAUCCGCCGCUCGGUGCGCAGCGGCUCGAUCAAGCUGAAGCAAACGUACGAACACCUGAUGGAGAACGGGGACAUCGGGGCGGCCAGCCGGGUCACGUCGUCCCGGGCCCGGCCGCACGACCUCGACAUCAAGAUACUGCAGGCGAAGCGCCAGCAGGCGGAGAUGCGCCGGAACCAGCGGGAGGAGGACCUGCGCGAGAAUCACCCGUUCUUCGACACGCCACUGUUUGCGGUGCCGCGCGAAAGUCGCUUCCGGAAGAUCUGCCAGCGGAUCGUGCACGGCCGGUACGACGCCCGGCUGAAGGACCCGCUCACCGGGAAGGAGCGCAAAGUGCAGUACAAAAGCAUGCACAACUUCCUCGGACUGGUAACGUACCUUGACUGGGUGAUGAUCUGCGUCACGACACUGUCGUGUGUCUCGAUGAUGUUCGAGACACCGCAGUACCGGGUGAUGGAGCACGUCUCGCUGCAGGUGGCCGAGUACGCGUUCGUGAUCUUCAUGAGCCUCGAGCUGGCCCUGAAGAUACUGGCCGACGGCCUAUUCUUCACCCCGAAGGCCUACAUUAAGGACGUGGCGUCCGUGCUGGACGUGUUCAUCUACGUCGUCUCGUCAAGCUUCCUCAUCUGGAUGCCACGGCAAGUGCCGAGCAACUCGUCGGCCCAGCUGCUCAUGAUCCUGCGCUGCCUGCGGCCACUGCGAAUCUUCACACUCGUCCCGCACAUGCGCAAGGUCGUGUACGAGCUGUGCCGUGGCUUCAAGGAGAUCCUGCUCGUCUCGACGCUGCUCAUUCUGCUAAUGUUCGUCUUCGCCAGCUACGGCGUGCAGCUGUACGGUGGCCGGCUGGCCCGCUGCAACGAUCCCACCAUCCAGAAGCGCGAGGACUGCGUCGGCGUCUUCAUGCGCCGGGUGUUCGUGACCAAGAUGAAGCUGACACCGGGCGUCAACGAGUCGUACCCGUCGAUGCUGGUGCCGCGCGUUUGGGCCAACCCGCGGCGCUUCAACUUUGACAACAUCGGCGACGCGAUGCUGGCCCUGUUCGAGGUCCUCUCGUACAAGGGCUGGAUCGAUGUGCGCGACGUGCUGAUCAAGGCGCUCGGGCCCGUCCACGCGAUCUACAUCCACGUGUACAUCUUCCUCGGGUGCAUGAUCGGAUUGACCCUGUUCGUCGGUGUCGUGAUUGCGAACUACUCGGAGAACAAGGGUACCGCCCUGCUGACCGUCGACCAGCGGCGCUGGUGUGACCUGAAGAAGCGGCUGAAGAUCGCCCAACCGCUCCAUUUGCCGCCACGGCCCGAUGGACGCAAGUUCCGUGCGUUCGUCUACGACAUCACGCAGCACAUUGCCUUCAAGCGGUGCAUCGCCGUGGUGGUCCUGGUGAACAGUAUGCUUCUCUCGAUCACGUGGACUAAAGACGAGGUGCACACCGAACGGUUGGUCAUCGUUAGCACCUUCCUCACGUUUGUGUUCGUCAUCGAGGUUGUGAUGAAGAACAUUGCCUUCACGCCCCGCGGAUAUUGGCAGUCGCGCCGGAACCGCUACGAUCUGCUGGUGACGGUCGCCGGUGUCGUGUGGAUAUUCCUACAGACUACACUGCGAAGCGAUUUAUCAUAUUUCAUUGGUUUUAUGGUUGUCAUAUUGCGAUUUUUCACAAUAACUGGCAAGCAUACGACCUUGAAAAUGUUAAUGCUUACCGUCGGUGUGUCGGUGUGCAAGUCGUUCUUCAUCAUCUUCGGCAUGUUUCUACUGGUGUUCUUCUACGCCCUCGCCGGCACCAUCCUGUUCGGCACGGUCAAGUACGGCGAAGGGAUCGGGCGGCGGGCAAACUUCGGUUCACCGGUAACAGGCGUGGCGAUGCUAUUCCGCAUCGUCACCGGUGAGGAUUGGAACAAGAUCAUGCACGACUGCAUGGUGCAGCCACCGUACUGUACGCCGGCCGCCAACUACUGGGAAACGGACUGUGGCAACUUCACCGCCAGCCUGAUCUACUUCUGCACCUUUUACGUUAUCAUCACUUACAUCGUACUGAACCUGCUAGUCGCUAUUAUCAUGGAGAACUUUUCACUGUUCUACUCGAACGAAGAGGACGCCCUGCUGUCGUACGCCGACAUUCGCAACUUCCAGAACACGUGGAACAUCGUGGACAUCCACCAGCGCGGCGUCAUCCCGGUGCGGCGCGUCAAGUUUAUUCUGCGCCUGCUGAAGGGGCGCCUUGAAUGUGACCCACAGAAGGAUCGUCUGCUGUUCAAGUAUAUGUGCUACGAGCUGGACAAGCUACACAACGGCGAGGACGUAACGUUCCACGAUGUAAUCAACAUGCUGUCCUACCGCUCGGUGGACAUCCGGAAGGCACUGCAGCUGGAGGAACUGCUGGCCCGCGAGGAGUUCGAAUAUAUUAUCGAAGAAGAAGUGGCAAAGCAAACGAUACGUACGUGGCUCGAGGGCUGCCUGAAGAAGAUCCGUGCCAACAACGUGGCGAAACAACAAAACUCGCUGAUUGCGGGGCUGCGGGCAACGAACGAUCAGAAGCAGCAACAGCAGCAGCAGCAAAGUUCGUCCGCCACCACGCAGCCACCGCUGCAACAGCAGCAGCAGCAGCAACCGAUCCCAGUGCAACAGCAACAGCAAUCCGCGACCGGCACACAGGCGCAACAGGUUUCGUCUCAGGCAUCGUCGCCUCUGUCGCCGGCCCUGCAGUCCCAACAGCAGUCGCAGGCCACCAGCCCCAGUCAGCCGUCGAAGCAGUCGGAAGACACGAGCAGAGAACGAAGCGAUUCGAUCGAUCCUAUCGGGAUCACCGGUGGCCACGCGGUCACCGGCACCGACCAGUUGGUGAAGGAUGCGGAAAAUAAUGCAAAGAAUCGUAAGAAAACAUCCCAAACUGUGCUGAACCGGUCCGACUCGACUGGGUCGAGCAGUGGGCGCAAGUUUCUCGCGCCCACCCUAUCCGAUCCGAUGCAGGCCAAGAGCGAUAAGGAUCGGUAUCUGGCCAAGAAGAAGCAACACCAGCAGCACCAGCAACAGCAUUUGCACUAUCACCACAGCAGCUUCAGCCAUGGCCACGGUGGUGGCGGUGGAGGUCCUGGCGACCAUUCGCCCCACUCGCACCACUAUCUACAGCAGCAACAGCAGCAGGGCCAGCCGCAUCAGCUGUUCGGGCCACAGGCCACAGGCGGUGGUGGAAAGUUUGGCCACUCGCACACGAACAUGAUCUACGAGGUACACGACUGGUGGCAGGAGCAGGUUCUCAGCAGCCACAGCGAGGAGGAGGACAAUUGAGUCGGCGUCCCUCGAUGUUCUCUAAGUAAUUGUUAUUGUUAGAAGUACACGGUAGUAUCAUUGGAAGGACCUGUGGUAGAGAGAAACCCGAACUACCCACGGUUUAGUGGUGUACUUUUUGUUGUUUUGCUCGGUUUUAGGUAUAGCGUCAUGUUUAAGUGCUUUCGACAGUUGUCUUCUUUACGUGCCAACUUUUAUUCUUUCACUUACCGAGAGCACCGACGAACUGGUGCUGAAAAGGGCCGUUCGGUCCUGAAGAGAAAGCUGGAAAGGAAGCGACAGUACCGACUCUGAAAGAGUCUCCUGUUCCAGUGAAAAGGACCGAUGGGGUGAAGAAGAAGAAAGGUAUUGUUGUGGCUGGUAUCUGAUGUUGUUAGUGGUGGUUGGUGCUUUCUGAAAGUAUUUAGAGUUGGGUGUAUAUAAUCCAGAGGGAGGAGUGGCGGUCAAAACAACGGUAACAUCGCGACAUGGAAAAUGAUACCGCACGCACCGAGUAGGAGAAAUCGGCAGGUGAAUUGGGUCAAGGCAGCAGUAGGGAAACACUUGAAGACGCCCCACACUUGGCACCCAAGAUGUGAUUAACUGCGGGCUGGGCUCAGCAAUGCCUUGGUCUAUUUUGUAGAUUUUUCGUUCUGAGGAGUAACCGUGAAGCCGGCGAAGAGAGUGCGCCUUGGCGAAACCCAAAUCCAAUAUUACUUUCCUAAACGCACGCAACGAGAUCGAAACUCAUUGUUAACAGUGUGCGAAGGGCCGUCGGUUGAGUGUUAUAGGGUGUUUAGAAACAAGGCGAAAGGCUACUGUAAAUGUUAGUUAACACGAGUGUGUGGUGUUAGGCGGCAAGGAAUGCAUUACCAUAGAAUUACCACCGUGUCCCUUACUUUGAACGAAAACGGAAAACUGUUGUUGAAAAGUAUUUAUUGUUUUGCAUACGUUCAUGUUUCGUGUGUUAAUGUUAACAACCAAAGUCUUCUAAAUACUGUGCGCGUAGAUCCGGGUGUUGAAUUGCCAAAUAUAAUGAUGUAGUAGA